AGGAUAAGUCAUCCCGUUCUCGAUUCGGGCGAGCCAGUUUGCUCCCCCUCCCCCCUCCCACCCUCCUCUCUUAUCUCCUUGGUGCCCCUUGUUCUUCAUCUCCUUUCCCAAGUCCACCAUCCCGUACUCUUCAGGAAGGGAAGAGUCAGAAAUGUCACUCAAUAAAUCAUCUUCUACACGUCGAGCAUCACGAUCGCAGCAAGAACAAAGACGUCUAUCCCACCCCGAACGCUUAUCCCAACCAUCCGCGGACUCCUUCGAUGCAACGUUAUGGAAUCUCAAUCUUGCCUCAUCCGCCUCACGCUCCGCGCAACCGCCGAACAGUACUACGCCAUUAACGACUCCUGAACCCGUCGUUGGCGGUACCAAUACUACAUCUACCACAUCCCAACCAUCCAUCACCAUUCAAUACACCCUCUCGAGUACAUCCCUCCUCAACACAACCGUCGCCAAUCCUGCAGGCAGGAUAUUGUAUAUUAUCGAUACGAAACCACGCAAUCGGUAUGAUAAGAUAUUAACGUGUGGAUGGAGUAAGACGUCCAGAACGACCAUCUCGAGGGUUGCACUGGCAGGUGUGACGGAAGAGAUUGCGAGUGUUGAAUGGAAAGUUGUGAGGAGGGAUGUGGUCAAGUUUUUCGGGAAGAGGGAGAUGGAUGUGGACGAAUUUUUGCCGAGGGAGCCUAGGUCGAGGAGGCGGUUCCUGGAUACGACAGAGGGGAGAUGGACGUGGACUAACGGGAAGGAUGGACAAUUUGAGGUGAGUUUGAGAGCUCUCUUAAUUCACACGUUUCCACGCUACUGCGCCUUCUCGCGACCCGACUGCGGUCCCGCAGGUGGUGGAGCAACUAUGUGGUCCGGAAAUGGGAAUAACGUUACUCAUGUUUAUUUUUUCUUCCUUUCUCGGUUUUUCUCCGCCGUUACCUGCGUUUGCGCUCGCCAUAUUUUUGUUGUCUAACAGUUACUCGAUUCAUCUGGAACGGUCGUCGCACGGUGGAUCAAGGCUCGUCGGAAGAGACUGCUGUCGAGAAGUUCGCGGCCCAUAUAUUCGUCGCUUUCAAAUGAUUCAGAGGGGGAAGACAUUGAGGGCGUUGAGGGCGCGGGGACCCGCAGCAGCAACAUGGGGCUACGCUAG